ACGUGACUUUUCCCCGACACACGGAAGGCUUUUGGCGCUCUGAUGAAGUCGGAGCGUUUUAUUCAGCCUGGGGAUAGAGGAUCUGGCCGCUUUAAAGAAGAAGUAACAAAAAGAAGAAGUAGAAGAAGGAUUUUCCAACUGACUCUAUCGGAGUGUUCAACUCUCUUUUAAGGGUCACGGGGGAACCUGGAGCCUAUCCCAGGGAGCAUCGGGCACAAGGCAUGGUACACCCUGGUCCAUCGCAGGGCACAAUCACGUACACAUAUUCUGCCAUCCAGAGCAGGACAACGCCAAACCACAUUCUGCCCAGAUUACAAGCGCAUGGUCGUGUAAGCAGAGAGUGCGGGUGCGAGCAUGGCCUGUUGCAGUCCUGACCUGUCUCCCAUUGAGAAUGUGUGGUGUGUUUUGAAGCACAAAAUAAGGUAGACGAUGCCAUGAGGGAGCUUCACACAGACACAUCAUUAAAAAAAAACCCUGAAAGAACACUGAAGACUGGAGUUGAUUGUACAUCGCUAGUAAAUGCAGACCUCUUUACAUGGUCAUUGUUCAGGCAUUGACCAAUGGCAUCAAAGAACACCUCUCCUCUGAGUUAUAAUGUUAUUCUGUUUGGAAAAGCAGGAGCUGGGAAAAGUGCUUCAGGAAACACCAUACUAGGAAGAAAUUGUUUUAUUUCCAAGAGGAGCUUUAAAUGUGUAACUCAGGAGGUUCUUAUGGGGAGUGUGAAUUUUGAGGGCGUGACUCUUAAUGUCUACGACACACCAGGACUCUUUAACCCAGAAAGAAGCAAUGAGAUUACAACAAGUAAAUGGCCAUCUCUCCUUCAGUUAGACGAGUCAGCUCGCACUGUGAUUCUGUUGGUGAUUAAAGCAGCUCGAUUCACUCCUGAAGAAAAAGAAGCUGUUGCUCUCAUUGAGGAUUUCAUACCUAAACAGCUCCUCCAGAACACGUGGAUCCUCUUCACCGGAGGAGACGAGCUGGAGGCAGACCAUCUCACUAUAGAAAAGUUUAUAGAAGAUACACUUGGAAUGAAGAAAGUCGUGCAGAGAUUUCAGAACAAAUAUCACGUCUUCAACAACAUGUCCCAAGAUCCAACACAAGUCACAAUAUUAAUUAAUAAAAUCAAACAACCAAAUAAUUCUCCAGAAAUGGGAUUUCAUCAGACAACACCAGAUUCUGUUUACAGGAGGAUUGUGCUGCUGGGGAAGAGCUGUGUUGGGAAGAGCACUACAGGAAACACCAUCCUGGGAGAGAAGAAAUUUAAAUCUGACAUAAACAGGAAAUCUGUCCCCCAGAGUGAAGCUUGUCAGGGCCUUAUUGGAGACAAGAAGGUGUCAGUGAUUGAUACACCAGGUCUCUAUAACACAUCUGCUGAACCUGGUGAAGUAGCCUCAGAGCUAGGAAAGAGUAUCUAUUUGUGCAGUCCUGGACCUCACGCUUUCCUCAUUGUUCUGCAAUUGGACAUGUUUUCAAUUGAGGAAAAGCAAAUUAUUGAGCAAAUUGAAAAGAUAUUUGGAGAGGAAGUGAAGAAAUAUGCAAUGGUUCUCUUCACCCAUGGAGACCAGUUAAAAGGAAAACGUAUAGAGGAACUCAUUAAAGAGAACAAGGAUUUAAGUAAACUUGUUCAGCAGUGUGGAGGUGGAUAUCAUGUCUUUAAUAAUAAAGACCUGGGAAAUAGGGAUCAGGUCACUGAGCUACUGCAGAAGAUAGACAGGAUGGUGGAGAAGAACGGAGGAAACUGUUAUACCGAUGCGAUUUUUAAGCGUGUAGCAAGACUCGAACAGGGGGCAAAGGAGAAAUUUAGGAAAGAGCUGGAAAGCAAGUUGAAGAAGGAAAUGGAGGGACAUUUGCAAAAAGGACAAGCGCAAAAUUCCGCUUGUCUUAUGAUGUGAAACAGGAAAAUGGCUGGGAAUCCCCGUAGAUGAAGGUUUAUGUGUGUAACCAUAAUCUAUAACACAGGAUGGAGUGAAACAGCACAGGAGAGUCUCUACUGCCUGUAGUGGAGGUGAGCACACUAUACUGCCCUGAUAUUGGUGAAAAGUGACAAAAUCAAAAUGAGGAGGCUGUUGGACCUGACUGUAGCAGACUGGAAAACUGUGCACCUCUUACACCAGUGAAGAACAGAGGUGAAUAUGCAGCUGUGUCAAAGCUUUGAGAUGCAUAAUUAUGGCAUUGAGUGGAUGAUGGUGUAAAAGUCUGUGGGAUUAAAAUAUAACCCAGUCUGUUAUGAUGGAGCGUCUGUGCAUCAUUGGAUGAAUCUCAAAUGCAACUCAUCUGUCAAAAUCUGUCAAAAAGUCAUAGGACUUUUAAACACUGUAAAGCAUCAUGUAGUUACUAUGUGCAUCAAAUAUGGACCACUCCAAGAUUAUUAGCACCCUUCUUAUAAAUGAACAAGAAUGAAUGACAUGCACAGCGUGAUAUUUUGAUCUUACAAAGAUGGAGACUGUAUAUUUCACCAAGCACAUUUCUUAAAUAGUGUACUCACACAGUUAAUAUUCUGUUAGAAUAACAACUAGGUUGGAGAGUACACUAGUGAGGUGAGAAAGAAGGGGGCGUGGCCAGACAUACAUAACAUGUGUCAUUAUUUUAAGUGAUUACAGCAAAAAACUUCCUGAAGCUAAGUAGUCCAGCUGUAGCUGCUAGUCUGAAUGCUCUUGUGUUGUCUAGCACUCCCCCUUACAUUAUACCCACUGUUGUAUUGUUAGUAUAGUAUAGUCUAUUAUUGUUAUGCAGAGGUUUCAGAGAGGCGACAUCUCAUUUCUCUGCUGAGAAAUGAGAACUGAAUCUUGACUCUAGUCACUAGCAUUAGCAUGUAGUCAGUUUUUUUUUUCUGAUGAAUUACACAUUACCAAGGUCAGCAGUGCUCUCCAAACCAAAGUGGGGACUAAUUAAAUACACUUCCUGGCCAAAAAAAAUAAAAAAUGUUCCACCGCCUUUGAAGUUCGGGAAGUUCGAAUGACCCCCCCCCCCCCCCCCCCCCCCCAACAAAGAGUUUUAUUUCUUUUUUAUGUGUACAUUUAAUAUAAUCCUUUAAAGGAGUACUACACGAGCAGGAACUGACGUUAUGCACUCAUAGCUAAAUCAUUAAAUGUAGCAGUAGAGAUGGAAGAGAAAGCAGGCAGCAGCGUCAGGUCAUAGAAUAUUGAGCAUAUGUUGAAAAAGACUGCCAAACAGGGUAAAGUUGUUAUAUUUACUACCGAACCUAACAGUUGAGAUUAUAGCCUUGUUAUAGCCAAAGUUACUUUUAUUUUUUUAUUGAAUUAUGUUUCUAAAAGUUGCACAGUGGAUUAAUUUGGAGGCUGUCUAACUCUGAAAUCCUCGGAGACAAGAGGGCAAUUCAAAAUAAAACUUGAGAUUAGGAAAAAGUGGAGGGGACAAAACCUAGAUUUUGAAAUGUGGGGGGGAGACAUGUCCCCCUCUAUGUAUAAUAGCUCCUACACCCAUGGCAUUACUUUAUCUCUUGCAGUGCCAACUAACAAGCUGCUCUGAGUGGGAGAGAGAGUCGUUGAGAAUGGUCCAAUCACAUGAGGUCAAAAAAUAUAAAAACAAUAUUGAUUUGCUAACAACAAAAGUGGGAGUGUCACCUGCUUUUCAAAAGUUUAAGGCCCUAUAAAGACAUUUGGCCUGAGUCCCGCACACAGAUAUGAACGAAAUACAAUGUUGUGAUAAUAAAAAAAUAAUAAUAAUUCUAACAUGACUAAAAGGCAAAUAGUACGAUUAAAUAAUUGUAUUUCAUAACUAUUUUACAAUAUAUAUGUAACUUAUGUUUUGCAUGUUUAAACAGCCGCCUUCUCUGGAUAAUUUAAAGGGGCGGGGGGCCCUAGAGUGUGACCACAGCGCCCCUAUUGAGCAGCCACCACUGCCCCAUUCAUGUUUUGUGAGUGGAGACAUUCAUGACUUCAUCUGUUCAGCAGUAAGUUGUUCUGUAGCUCUGAUCUGAAAUCAGACAGAUGGUUAUUAAAUUGCUAAUAGAAUACAAAACUGCCCAAAAGAAAAGCUAUUACAAAACACACUUUAUUGUUUGUCAUUUUGGAAGCUAAGUUAUCAAAUGUAAAUUUAAAUUAUUUGACUUGAUAAUGAGAUUCUCUAUCAAGGAUAAUCAUCUCAAGACUCUUGAAGACGUGUAGAAGGUCAUAGUUCACUCCAUACGCUAUGGUUCAAAUUGUCCACUCAGUCAUUUUUGGACAUUUUUCUGAAGGGUGUCAAUAAAUUCUGGAGUAAAGUGUAUCAGUUCUACUGCAGAGAGAAUGUACAGCAGUAAUCUGAACUGAAACAGAUUGAAUUGCUCGGUGUUAGUGAUAUCGAAGUGUAUGACAGUCCAUAAUACCAAUUUCUUCCUUGCUGCUGCUUCACUACUUUCAUUCCUGUCCACACAGCCACUGGCCAUGUCCUGUUUUCUUCAUCUAGUCUCCAUUAUAAUAGAUUCUGUUAUCUAUUGUGUUGUAGAUAAACUGUUUCUAAUUUUCUAGAACCAUUUCCAUUAACACUGACGAAAU